UUCAGGUGCUGUGACUUCCUCCACUUAUUUUCAAAGACUUAUUUAGAGAUGAAGUUGAACUACAAUGCCAAAACACUGGCACAACUGUUGAGUUUGAACUACCAGAACAUACUUCAUGGAGACCCAAAUUACUUGGAGGACCUCUGUUUAAUGAAGGUGUGUUUGAGUUUGACAACCUUCAUAUUCAUUGGGGUGCUCGGGACUUCAUUGGCGGAGAACAUAAAAUAAACAGCAGAAGAUAUGCAGUUGAAGGGCACUGUGUACAUUUUAAUUCGAAAUAUGGAAACAAAUCGGAAGCAAUGAAGCAUCCAGAUGGACUAGCAGUGGUUGCUUUCUUUGGGAAGGCAGGGAACACAGACAAUCCCCUAGUGGAGAAGUUGGUCAGGAAACUUCCCUACAUCAGGCUACCGGGCUCGUCAAUCACAGUGAACGCUCACGAGGCACUCGAGUGGCUCGAAGAACUUGGGGAACCUCGGAACUACUUUGCGUAUCCCGGAUCUCUCACCACUCCACCCUACACAGAGAAUGUUAUGUGGAUCGUCUAUCCUCGACCUGUCAGCUUGUCUUCCCGACAGGUGGAAGCUUUCCGUAACAUACUAUCCAACAACUACCAGUUGCUCAGGAAAAAUAUAAGACCAGUACAGUCUUUCAACAGCCGACCUCUAAUUUAUGCAGUUUAAAUA